GGCUGUCCUGUUGCAGCGCUUCUCUUCGCUUCCAAGACCAGACCAGAAGAAAGCCGGGACGUGCGGAGCUGGGGGGUUUAUCUGUUGGAGGCCCGUUAAACCACAGAUAAUCACAGCUUCCUUGUCGUUUCGAGAGACGCCAGCGGCCUAAUUUGACCCACUGCACCCUUUCCUCUUAGAACUAAUUAGACAAAAUGUCCUGGCAAAACUACGUGGACAACCUGAUGGCUGAUGGCAGCUGCCAGGACGCGGCCAUUGUUGGGUACACGGACGCCAAAUACGUCUGGGCAUCGAAUGCCGGUGGCAUCUUUGCCAACAUCACGCCUGAAGAAAUUGACGUGAUAACAGGAAAGGACCGGGAGGGCUUCUUCACCAAUGGGCUGACCCUAGGCAGUAAAAAGUGCUCCGUAAUCAGAGACAGCCUCCAAGUUGAUGCCGACUGGACAAUGGACAUCCGGACAAAGAGUCAAGGAGGAGAGCCAACAUACAACAUUUCUGUAGGGAAAGCCGGCAAAGCAUUGGUUUUUGUCAUGGGAAAGGAAGGUAUCCAUGGAGGGUCGCUCAACAAGAAAACAUAUGACAUGGCCGAAUACCUGAGGAGGUCUGGAUACUAAAAGCAAGCCUGUUCCCGGCCACCUAGCAGCUCACCCUUACCACCCUGUUGCAUUUCACACGACUUCUAGUUAGUCCUUUCUUUCUGCCUUCUUGAUUUUAUUUUAUUUUUUUUUACUUUGAAAUCGCCAACCAUUUUCCCCUUCCAAACCCACCCUCAUCCCAUCCCGCUUAACACGAUUGCGCUGUGUAUCCCUGGCCCCAUUUUUAAAGCACUAAAAGUGUGAGAAGGUGUGCAUGUUGCUAAACAGGAUGUCAACAUUUAUACUUGAAUCAGACCAGCAGAUUUUGGCCAUACACUGCAAUGAAGGCUAUUCUCUCAAUGAAAGAAUAUAUAUUAGUCAUCCUGCCCUUUACUUUCCCCCUCCCCUUGUUGCCUUUAGAGCACUUAAUGUGGAAACUCAUCAUGUCUUCCUAUUUAAUUUUCUGCAAGGUGAGACCACGCUCAUAUCUCUGGUCAUUUUAACACUAAUCUUUUUUUUUUUUUUUUUUU